CUCUAUUGAUGAAGAUCAUUGUUCAUAUCCUCCUAAAAAAGAUGCAUGCAAACAGCAGCAACUGUGCUUAUCUGGUUUUAGACAACAAUAUCAAGGCAACAGUGCUAGUCAUAUGGCAUGACUGCCUAGUAAUUAUUUAAUGUAUGGUGGUUGGAAAACAAUUAUAUUGUGCUGUUUUUCACAAGUUUUGAUAUUGGUUUUCAGGGAUUAUUCAGUGCUUUUGAUGUAAUCUAGAAGAUAAUGUGAGAAUGGCGAUCAGGGACCAUGGAUUUCUGGCUGCAGACAUUGCAUAAAUGCUCAUGAAAAUACUUUUCAUUAAAUGAUUUGGGCAUUAUUGGUUACAAAUGUAGUAUGAAAUACAGGAAGUAUCAUCCAUACUGCACAAGAAUGGUGCCGGUGACGGCGGUAAAGGCGGACAGCAAGUUCGGCCGCUUCCUGGAGUCGCACCUGUCCAUCCUGCAGGAGAAGUACUGGCCGACGCCCUGGUGUCUGGAGGCGCGCCUGCAGACCAUCCUGGGCAGCCUGUUCCGCAGUCAGCUGCCGGUCAUCGACUAUGAGAGGGAGCUGGUGGACCUGCCGGACGGCGGCGUCGUGGCGCUGGACUGGCACCGGAGCGCCUUCAGGGCGACCCGGGGCCGCGAGGACGCCCACCCGAUCGUGUUGCUGGUGCCCGGACUGACAGGCAGCAGUCAGUCGGACUACAUCCGCAGCCUGAUCCUGGUGUCGGAGCGCAUCGGAGCCAGCUGUGUGGUGCUGAACCAGCGGGGACGCGGCGGCGUCCAGCUGAAGACGCCGCGGACGUACUGCGCGGCCAACAGCGAUGACCUGGGAUACGUGAUCGACCGCCUGCACAGCGCGCACCCACGCGCCAGGAUUGUGCUCACCGGCAUCUCCCUCGGAGGGAUGAUCGUGGGCAACUACCUGCAGCAGCAGUCGGCUGCGGCCGUCGACAAGGUGCUGGCCGCCAUGAUCAUCUCGGUGCCCUGGAACGUGUUCGUCGGCACCGCCAGUCUGGAGACGCCCGUCAUCAAUCUGAUGCUCAACAAGCACCUGGCCGAGUGCCUGGUGGACUCGGUCAAACUGCAUGAGAAAGUCAUCAACACUGCUGGAGUACCGUGGGAUUUCCAGGAGGUGGUGAAGUCGCGCACGAUCCGCGAGUUCGACGCGUCGUUCGUGGUGAAGCAGUUCGGCUUCCGCGACGUGGAGGACUACUACUCGGCGGCGACGCUGACCGACAAGCUGCACCGCAUCAAGGUGCCGCUGCUCGGGCUCAACGCCGCCGACGACCCCUUCAUCCCGUGCUCCGGAGUACCCCUGGAGGCCGUGCAGAAGACGUCGCACGUGGCCAUCGUGCUGACGUCGCACGGCGGCCAUAUCGGCUUCAUGGAGGGCAUGCUGCCGUUCGGACAGAACUACAUCGAUCGCAUAUUCGCGGAGUACUGCCGCGCCGCGCUGGCCAACCCGGAGCUGAUCCAGCAGUAGAGUACUGCCGCGCCGCGCUG